UGCUCUACAAGUCUCAAGUCCAUAGUAAUCCUCUCGUAAGAUUUUCAUUUUCUCAUUGUAUUGCCUUUUGUACUACAUAAUUCAUACAAAUUUUGGUGUACUAGAGAGAUAUUACACCAUGAUUCGGCACCACUCUUUUUUCAUUUCAAUGUUGUUGCUUGCAACUUGCAUCUUAUUGAGUAGCAAUGCAAAUUUGGUUGCUUGUCGUCGACUUUUGGAAACAUCUCCUGCGGAGCUUCCAAAGGAGCAUGAGGUGCCAAAGAUGCCUGAAUUACCUAAACCAGUUGUUCCAGAACUCCCAAAACCCGUGGUACCGAAACUUCCAAAACCCACGGUGCCUGAAGUGCCAAAAAUUCCUGAAUUGCCUAAACCCACAAUACCUGAACUUCCCAAGCCCACAAUACCAGAAAUUCCAAAACCUCCGGUGCCUGAAGUGCCAAAACCCGAAAUGCCUAAACUUACAACACCUGAGAUACCUAAGCCCACAAAACCAGAACAUCCAAAGCCCAUUGUACCUGAAGUGCCAAAGCCUGAGGUACCAAAAGAGCCAGAAUUGCCAAAGCCGGUAGAACCAGAACUCCCUAAGCCUGAAGUACCAAAGGUCGAUAUACCAAAAAAGCCUGAAUUGCCAAAAGCUGAGGUACCAGAACAUCCUGAAUUGCCUAAACCUACCAUACCAGAGAUCCCUAAGCCUCCAGUACAUGAAGAGCCAAAACCCGAAGUACCAAAAAAGAAUGAGUUACCUAAGCCCGAAAUUCCAAAGCCUGAAGUACCUAAAAAGCCUGAAUUACCAAAACCCACAAUACCAGAACUCCCUAAGCCCAUAGUGCCUGAAGUACCAAAACCCGAGUUGCCUAAACCUAUAGUGCCCGAAGUACCAAAACCCGAGUUACCUAAACCCAUUGUGCCUGAAGUGCCAAAACCCGAGUUGCCUAAACCUAUAGUGCCCGAAGUACCAAAACCCGAGUUACCUAAACCCAUAGUGCCUGAAGUGCCAAAACCCGAGUUACCUAAACCCGUAGUGCCUGAAGUGCCAAAACCAGAGGUGCCAAAGAUACCUGAAAUACCAAAGCCCACAAUACCAGAGCCUCCCAAACUUACAGUACCAGAACUACCUAAGUCGGAGGUCCCAAAAGAGCAAGAGAAGCCCACAAUGCCUUAAUUUGUUGCCUAAACAAAAUCUUUGCUUAUAAUUAGCAUUGGAUGAAGAUUUGUAUACUUUUAUUGUUUCCUUGAUCAUAGUUUAAGAUACAAAUUAAACCUCAUUUCUUUUAUGAUUGUUUGUGCUCUAGGCCAGAUAGUUAUGGCUGCUUAUAUAUAUGUACGUUUUCUUUUAUUUCCUUUUGUACAAUGCUUGAUGUAUGGCCUUUGAGAAUUGAUUUUAUUACAUAUUUGUCGUGUCAUUUUUAUUA